AAAACGUAACUCGUAAGUAAAUAAUAUGCCUGCUAUUGAAAAUAAAAUGAUAGACGAAGAUGAAGACUAUAUUAUUUCGAGAGCGAAGGAAGCUCAAAAACAUAACAUAUAUGCUGCUAAAGCUUGGAUGCUUACUGCAAAAACAUUAUAUCCAUCUAAUUUUAAAAUCCAGUUUGAGGCAUAUAUGAUGGAAAAACAAUCAGGAAAUGUUCAAGAAGCCGCUGAGAGUUUCAGUUCACUCGUCAUGUCCAGGCAAAAUUUACAGAACUUGUUACCUGAAAUAACAGCAAUAGCGAAUGCACUUAAAUCAAGUGAACAAAGCUUUUUAGGCCAAAUGUUUGAUAAUAUUGCCCCUGAUAUACAACUUAUUAUACUUAAAACGAGUGUAGAGAACAGCGAUGACACAACUGAACACUGUCGCCUACUGGUUUUAUUACUGAAAAAGUUUCCACAGUUGGGGGUGGAUAGUCUAGUUAAAACACUUAUUAAUACUGACAACUUUUUUUAUGAUAAUAGAUAUGCAAGGCUACUUGUGGUAGAAACUAUACCACUGUUGACUUCUCUGGAAUCACCUAGGUUAUUACAAAGAUUACUUGUGAAAGCAAUAGAUUUUUAUAAUUCCUACAUAUAUGAUGAAACUGAAAAUGAUAUAAAGGAUCCAUGGCAAAAGUUAUAUAGUGUAUUGGACUUAUUAGGCAGGCAAUUAGGCUGGGAUUCCUAUCUAGUUAAUUACAGCAAUAUUCUUAAUAAAGAUUCUUACUUUCAAAAACUUUUAUUACUGAGGAACUGUGAAGACUGUCGUCAACUUUUGUAUUGUGGUGUCACCUUUUUUCUUAGGUCGCUGUAUGAACGUAAUUACAUAGAAACACAUAAAGGGAACUAUAUUUUAAUAGAGGCAUUAUCUGACCCAGAAAUGCCCCCAACGAAACGCAGGAAAGGAGAAAUUGAAGUAACUGGUAUUUCUGCUCAUCAUUUUCAAAUGGCUGCCAACUGUUGGGAGCUUUUGCACAGCAAUGAAGUUAUAUCACGAGAGUUUAUGAAAUUAACAUCUCAACUACAAGUGAAGCCAUGGUUAGAUGGUUUUAUUGAAGAACUUGCUUUAUAUCAAGGAAGAUAUGAUGAAGCAGCACCUAAAGUAGCUGUAAACAAUCUUUCUGCAUGUGUACUAAAAGCAUCUAUUUUGUUUUUCCAACAAAACUAUACUGGUUGUAUCGAGAAUAUUUUAGCAGCCAUACCAUUACUUCCAACAGUAGAAGGGAGUAUUGAACAAGAUCUUAUUGUUGGUGGAAAACAUAGACAUUUGCAUUAUUUACCAAUGACUAAACUUGCAAUAAUGCAUUACUUUUGCACUCUGUUAAUUCGUAUAUUAAUGACUACAGGAAACGAUACCGAUACGACAAUUGGCCAUGUAUUAGUACUGAUGCAACUGGGCUGGCCCCAAGAAGAAUCAAUUUUUCUUAAUAUAAUGGAGUCUAUAAAACAAAAAGGGGUUUUUCAUUAUAAUCUAUUUGCAGCUUACAUUAUUCACAUUGAUAUUUUAGAAGAACUUAGUUUCAUUUGGAACGAAAAGAAUGUUGCACUGGAUAUACUUCCUAAUUCUCAACAACAUUUAGGUCAAAGAAGAAUAGGUACUAGAGGAGCAGAUAAAGGUGUUAAAGAAGACUUUAAACAAGCAAUGAAAGCUCAAGUUGCAAGAAGCAAUGAAUCAAUGCUCAACUUGAUUAUUCAGUUCAUUACAUCAGAAAGGACAUUUUUCCUCCAAGUUGUGUAAAUAAUAUAAGUACAUACCAGAAUGCA